AAUGUGUUCGAACUUAUCCCAAUCAUCGAUUACUUAAAUUCUUUGAAUAGCCUGAUUAAAUCUAAUUAAUCUUGUAUUUUUAUUUAUCUUAAAUGAAGUAGCAAUAUGUCCGAUUUAUCGAUGAUUUGUUUGGGGAAGAAGACUCGCCGGUUUAUAUAAAUACAACCGAUAAUCGUGUAAAAAUCAUCAUAAUCUAAAAUCCAGCGAUCACAAAAAAAUGUUUUUUAAAAUAAUCUUUUUGUGUGUUUUAGCAGUUUCGACUGCAGAUGUUUGUCCAGAAACCAACGGAGCUUUCGCCGCUUAUUUAAGACACGAAACCAAUUGCAACCAAUUCUACGAAUGCAAUUGGGGGCAAAAAGUUUUGUUUAAUUGCCCUGCUGGUUUAUAUUUCAACACUAAAUUAAACGUUUGCGAUUACCCCGAUAACGUUGAAUGCAUUAAAGAUGAAGAAAUACCAGACAUUGAUGAACCGGAAGUUAUUGAAUCAACCUGCCCAGAAACUAACGGGCCGUUAGCCGCUUAUUUACCUCACGAAACCGAUUGUAGCCAAUUCUAUGAAUGCGAUUGGGGAAACAAAAUUUUAAUGAGUUGUCCAUCUGGUUUAUAUUUUAAUCCCAAACUUAACGUUUGCGAUUACCCCGUUAAUGUUGAGUGUGGGUUAAAACAACAACCGGAUGUUGAAGACCCCGAAGUUGAAGAACCAGAAGUUGAAGAAUUAAAUUGCCCCGAAACAAACGGAAUUCUUUCCGAGUAUUUACCCCAUGAAAAAUAUUGCACCUUAUACUAUCAGUGUGAUUGGGGAAGAAAAAUUUUAAUGUAUUGCAGUCCCGGUUUAUAUUUUAACACAAAACUUAACGUUUGUGAUUAUCCAACUGCUUCAGGAUGUGUACAAAAAUGA